ACCGCAAAGCAUGGCUAAGCCUGAUGAAUCGAAUAAUGAUAAAUAUUCGGAAUCUGAUGGGUAUAUAUUUUCAUUUCCUGCCUACAGGUCGUCUGAAUGGCUGGAGCGCCACCGGUUGAUGCCGGCUGUUCAGGGUUGCCUUAAAGGGGUAACACUACAGCCUAGGAGUUUGCUAUAUUAUUCUCAUGUCAAGGCUUAUGAGAUAAAGGCGGAAAAGGUUCGAUCUGAGAUUCGCAACGCCCUGUUUAGACAGGCACUUUUCAAGAUACAGAACAUCGAGGUCGUUGCUUCGUCUAAAUGCAACGAGGAUCGUAAACUGAUAGAUAUAAUCCCGAAGUCAGCUGGUUGGAGCAUUAAGAAGAAAAACACGAUAGUUGCUGACGAGAUAUGGCGCAUUGACCGUUGUGGUUCUGUGCAACAAUACAAUGUACGAUACUACCGUGAAGGUGACGACGGCUUUACGUGCAGGGUUUUCCCGAUGAGAGUGGGUAAUUUGUUGAAUUACGUCAGGUACUAUUUGUCAAUAUAAUAGUUCUGUUAAAUUGACAUGACCAUAGCGGGACACCCCAGCGCGU